GGCGGUACAAUAGGGUUGGGCCGAGGCCGGGGCUGUGGGCCGGCGCCGGGCUCAGUGCGAGAUCGCGGCCCAGAGCCGCCGACACUCGGGCAGCCCAUCAACUGCAAGCCCCGGAGAACGCCAGCCUCGACUCCCCCGCAACCCCUCACCCCCCGCUGAACUCUUGCCCAAGCCUUUUGAAUCCGUUGCCCACCGAGGUGGGGGAGGCGGGUGAGGGCCGGGCCGUGAUGCGCCGCGGGACCCCUGUCUUGGCCUCGGGCCGCCGCCGCCGCCGCCGCUGAAAGCAACCUUCAGCCCUCCCCAUCCCCAACCCUCCACCCCCCCCCCCAAACCCUCUAGUGACGCCGCAGCCAUGGAGAGCGGCCCGCAUGCGAAGCUGGGUCCCGGUGCACCCUCAGCUGUGGAAGCCAGGAUUCCCCCAGAGCCAAGACCUUCUCCAGAAGGGGACCCUUCCCCACCACCGCCGCCACCACCAAUGUCAGCCUUGGUCCCUGACACUCCACCGGACACCCCUCCUGCCAUGAAGAAUACCACUAGCCCUAAGCAGCUUCCACUGGAACCAGAGAGUCCUCCAGGGCCAGUAGAGCCUAUGCCAGCUCCCCAACAAGAAGACUCCCCAUUCUCAGAUGCAAAGAACAGGGGACCCACUCCACCAGCCACAGGCCAACGAGAUGCCAGGCCUCCUCGAAGGAGUAGUCAACCAUCCCCAACGGCAGUGCCAGCCUCUGACAGCCCUUCCACCAAGCAAGAUGUAAAGAAGGCAGGAGAAAGACACAAGCUGGCCAAGGAGCGCCGAGAAGAACGGGCCAAGUACCUGGCGGCCAAGAAGGCAGUGUGGCUGGAGAAGGAGGAGAAGGCCAAGGCGCUGCGGGAGAAGCAGCUCCAGGAGCGCAGGCGGCGUCUGGAGGAGCAGCGGCUUAAAGCCGAGCAGCGCCGAGCAGCCCUGGAGGAGCGGCAGAGGCAGAAGCUAGAGAAAAACAAGGAACGCUAUGAAGCAGCCAUCCAGAGGUCAGUGAAGAAGACCUGGGCUGAAAUCCGGCAGCAGCGCUGGUCCUGGGCAGGGGCCCUGCACCACAGCUCCCCCGGACAUAAGACCAGUGGGAGCAGGUGCUCCGUGUCGGCAGUAAACCUGCCCAAACACGUGGACUCUAUAAUCAACAAGCGGCUCUCAAAGUCCUCUGCCACACUCUGGAACUCCCCCAGUAGAAAUCGCAGCCUGCAGCUGAGCGCAUGGGAGAGCAGCAUUGUGGAUCGUCUGAUGACGCCCACCCUCUCCUUCCUGGCUCGGAGUCGCAGCGCGGUCACACUGCCCCGCAACGGCCGCGACCAGGGUAGGGGCAGCGGCCUUGGGAGACGCCUCGCGAGGGCCCGGGCAGGGACCGGUCUCGUGCCCGGACCACACCCCGACCGCACUCAUCCCUCCGCAGCCGUGCCCGUGUGCCCGCGCUCGGCCUCCGCCAGCCCCCUGACGCCUUGCAGCGCCCCCCGGAGUGCGCACCGCUGCGCCCCGGCCGGGGAGCGCCCCGAGCGGCGCAAGCCCAGCGCCGGUGGCGGCAGCCCCUCUCUGGUGCGCCGCCGGCCCGAAGCCUCGCCGGUGCAGAAAAAAGAGAAGAAGGACAAGGAGCGAGAAAACGAGAAGGAAAAGAGUGCCCUGGCCCGGGAGCGCAACCUCAAGAAGCGCCAGUCGCUGCCGGCGUCCGUGCGACCGCGCCUCUCCUCGGGCACCGCCUCUGAGCUCAGCCCCAAGUCCAAGGCCCGGCCAUCUUCUCCCUCUACAACUUGGCACAGACCUGCCUCCCCGUGCCCCAGCCCAGGGCCAGGCCAUGCCCUGCCUCCAAAACCACCAUCUCCCCGAGGCACCACUGCGUCCCCCAAGGUGCGGGCUCGAAGGAAGGAGGAGGCAAAGGACAGCCCCAGCUCAGCAGGGACGGAGGACAAGAGCCAGAGCAAGGGCAAGACCAGCGAGGAAAAGGAGCCAGCGGCCCCUGCCUCGCCAGCGUCCUCACCAGUGCCCUCACCCACCCCAACCCAGCCUCAGAAGGAGCAGCCCGCCACUGAGACCCCUGCAGAUAGAGCUGUCCCGCCCUCACCCCCAGCCCCUGCGCCCACUCCCGCCCCGGCGGUGACCCCUAGCAAGCCCAUGGCUGGCACCACGGACCGAGAAGAAGCUACCCGGCUCCUGGCGGAGAAGCGGCGCCAGGCCCGGGAGCAGCGGGAGCGUGAGGAACAGGAGCGGAAGCUGCAAGCCGAGCGGGACAAGCGGAUGCGGGAGGAGCAGCUGGCGCGGGAGGCCAAAGCCCGAGCCGAACAGGAGGCCGAGGCCCGGCGGCGGGAGGAGCAGGAGGCCCGGGAGAAGGCGCAGGCCGAGCAGGAGGAGCAGGAGCGGCUGCAGAAGCAGAAAGAGGAGGCCGAAGCCCGGUCCAGGGAAGAAGCGGAGCGCCAGCGUCUGGAGCGGGAAAAGCACUUCCAGAGGGAGGAGCAGGAGCGGCAAGAGCGCAGGAAGCGUCUGGAGGAGAUCAUGAAGCGCACUCGGAAGUCGGAAGCUGCUGAAACCAAGCAGAAGCAGGAUGGAAAAGAGGCCACGGCCAACAAUUCCAGCCCAGACCCUGUGAAAGUCAUAGAGACCCGGCCCUCUGGGUUGCAGAAGGAGGCUGUGCAGAAAGAGGAGCUGCCCGCCCAGGAGACUCAGUGGAGCCUGCCAAGCAAGGAGCUACCAGGGUCUCUGGUGAAUGGCCUGCAGCCUCUCCCAGCACACCAGGAGAAUGGCUUCUCCCCCAAGGCACCUUCUGGGGACAAGAGUCUGGGCCGAACACCAGAGGCCAUCCUGCCCUUUGCAGAGGCAGAAGCCUUCCUCAAGAAAGCCGUGGUGCAGCCCCCACAGGUCACAGAAGUUCUUUAAGCAGUUGCCUUGGACCCUGGCGCAGCUAUGAGGGCUCCUCUUCAUCAUCUGUGAUGUCUGGAGGAGAGACAGAGCAAAGAUGGACUUGGCCUGGGCCCCUGGGGGUGGGGCCUCUCUUAUUUUUAAUCUGCACCUUAUAGACUGAUGUGUCUUUGGCUGGAGCCAGACUCUGCCCCUCAGUGCAUUCGUGUGCUCACACACGCGGACAUGCCCUCUCCCUCAUACACACAUACACUCACAGCCUCUCUGGCCUUUCCUCUGGGGAAGGACCACCUGUAGUAUUUGCCUUGGAUUGGUGGGGUACAGUGGAUGUGAAUACUGUAAAUAGCUUGAGCUCAGAUGCCUCUGUGUGGAGGGGGCGGGUGCAGAAGGUAGACCCUCCUCCCAGGGCUCCCUGGGGAGAUCUUCCUCUCUCUAUUUAACUGUAACUGAGGGGAAGCCCAGGUCUGGGAAUGGGGGGGCACCUUGGGCCACAAGAUACUGGUUGCUUUGGGGGUAAUGCCCCCUGACCUCGCCUGGAAUCAGUGUUAAUUGCAUCUGAUCAAACUUCUCCAGAAAUAAAGUGAGAAUAAUUCUGCCAA